GUCCUUUCCUCCACCUGGGUCAAGGAGAGCGAUUGCUUGAGCAAGACUCCAACUCGAUUCAAUCAAUGGGCAUUCUUGCUACACGGCUCCAACGUUUAUACACUGCCUGGUCUAACGAUUACAUGGCGGAAGGCUGGCAGAAGAUAUGGAUACAGUAACAUCUAGUGAGGAUAAUAUCGCACCGCAUGCUUGCGUUUCGUGCCGGAAGAAUAAGCGGCGGUGUGACAAAGAGUUACCCAGUUGCUUCCCAUGUGUGAGGGCAGGCCGCUUCUGUGACUAUUCUUAUCUUUCACAAGUAGAGUCCUCACACGCCGUGAAUGAUCUACGAUCUCGUGUUGAUGAACUAGGACAUCGUAUCCUACAGCUGUGUAGCUCAACAUCGCUCUCACAUGUCGUCACCGACCUGCCUGCUUCUAGCGCUACACUCGGUGAUCAAAACUACCAUGAUCUCUAAAUGCAGGCCUUCUAUCUUGACUCCGAAGUCUGGUCAUCAUUCGACUUUACGCGUCAGCCCAGCAGUGUCAUAUUGUCUGCAGAAGUACUGGCAUAUCUUGACGAUGUUGACGAGACAAAACGCAAAUAUUUCAGCUCCACGCAUACCUGGAUGCCCAUUAUUAGCAAGAUGCGGCUCAACCGCUUGACAGAUUCAGCGGUAGGGAAAACCAGAGUGGAUAUCGCAUUGUUGCUUCUAUGCAUGAAGCUUGUGCCGGACGGCGUAGCUGAAGAUGAAAAUAAGCCAUCCGACCUGUAUUUAACCGCAAAGCAGCUUUGUGCGACUCUGGAGCGUAAUUGCCUGCUUACCUUGCGCUCCCUUCAGGCCAAUCUUUUGUUAGCCGUGUAUGAAGUGGGCCAUGCUAUCUAUCCUGCUGCUGCAUUGACUGUCGGUUGCUGCGUGAGACAAGGGGUCGCGCUCGGUCUGCACAACAAAGAUGCCCCUCAAUUGGGGGGUAAUGUCCGCAGCUGGGUGGAUUGGGAAGAGCGACAGCGUGGAUGAUGGAUGAUCGUCAUUCUCGACAGAUUUGUCUUGGUCGGAACGAGCAACCAGCCGUUAUGCACCAAUGAUCCGAAUAGGGAUACCAUACUUCCAAACUGCGAAUCUGCCUGGGAUAAUGGUAUAAGUGAAAAGGAGGGAUGCUGAGUUCUCUCUGCGCAAAGAGGAUUGUCGAUUUUUUCAGGUUAUUGUGCCGCCGAUAUGCAUCCAGCUUUCCUCUGUGGACACAGACCCAAAUCUAAUCAGCCCAUUUGCACACCUUGGCCAAGCCGCCAACUUACUUGGUCGAGUUAUCAGACACUGCAAUGAUAUGAUUGCGGACAUAAAGUAUAUCCUUGAGAAUUCCAUGCUUCUGUUUGGUACAAUAACCUCGCUUCUUGAUAUUCUCAAUAUAGAUAAUUAUGUAAGUCAGUAGUCAUUCAAUAUUGCGACUGCACUUUGCUUAAGUGCUCUUUUCAAGCUUACGGACCAUCACUCAUGCUUAGACUUCAGCCAGAAUCUGGAAAUGGAAGUCAGUGCACGAGUUCGGGUAUUGAUGCAGCAUGCUUUACACACAAUCGAACGAAGGUAUAAACAAGUGCUAUUGUUAAUUCAGCAGCUCUCGCAGCACGGCAUACAGUCCUAUUCGAUUUCCCCUUUCCACAUCCAUUGUAUUUAUAGUUGUUACAGUCUAUGAAAGGGAUAUGGAAAUCCGCAGGAGUACAUCCCGAGCUCCUGCGGCUUGCAGACACUUCUUUGGGUGAAAGGUUAUAGCCAAGAUCGACUACAAACAUACGCGCCUGUUAACACUCUGAUGUUUGUUUUCUUUCACGAUUGUUCAUGGCCUGUGCAUGCGCUAUAACAUACUCUUUUAUGUAGCAUAGUAAUCAAUUAAGAUCGUGCUUAUACGUUCAAGAGGCAAGUAGAAAUUUAAUCGGGCUUCCGAAACCACCUGUCGAUCUUUACUCUGUCAUAGUCUCUUGAUUUCUCUAAAACACUUCUUCAGGGUCUUCUAUUGCGAUCUUCACUUUGCCGGGUGAGGUUGAAUUUAACGUAGCAUCAGAUCCUGACCAGGUGCUGCUCAACAAUCAACAGGCUAAAUACACAAAGGAUGUAGUAGAUGUAUCUACUUUUCAACCUAUAAACAUACGGAAUCUGUUCAGGCCAUUCAGGCCGAUCUUUCUUUUAUAAUUGGAUAGAGCUUCUGCGGCCCUCAUCACCUUAUCAUGUUUCUAAAUGCAAGACCCUGAAUGGACUAUUUUUCCCAACGUCAAUCUUGAGAGCAGACUAGUGAAUGGCUACAAAAUGAGUCGGCUUUUUCCA